AAUAAUGAAGAAGAGAAAAGGAAGCUGGAGAUGGAAGAUACUGGAGAUGGAAGUUUGUUAAACAGCUAUGAUGAUUAUUCUGAUCAUGACAUGGUUGAGGAUAUGAAGAUGGAAUCAGAGAGUAGUAGUAAAAACAAGAAUAUUAUUGGUGAAAACAACAACAAAAACAGUAACAAUAAUCUCAAUUUGCAGAAAGGGAAUAAUAACAAGAAGAAGACAGGGAUGCCUGCUAAGAACUUGAUGGCUGAACGCCGCAGAAGGAAGAAGCUCAAUGACAGACUCUACAUGCUCAGAUCCGUUGUUCCUAAUAUCAGCAAAAUGGACAGGGCUUCAAUACUUGGGGAUGCAAUUGAAUAUAUGAAAGAACUUCUGCAAAAGAUUAAUGACCUUCAUAACGAAUUGCAAUCAAUGCCUCCAACGGCACCUGCUUCAAGCUUGCAUCAUCCUUUGACACCAACUAAUAAUAAUACUGCUACUCUACCGCCAGCAGCUGCUUCUCUUCCCAGCCGCAUGAUGAUGAAGGAAACUGCUUCUUGCCCCACUUCUUCAUUGCCAACUCCCAAUGACCAGCCUGCCAGGGUUGAGGUUGGGUUGCGUGAAGGAAGAGGAGUAAAUAUCCAUAUGUUUUGUGAUCAGAAGCCUGGUCUGUUGCUCUCAACACUCACCACUUUGGACAACCUUGGGUUAGAUAUCCAGCAGGCUGUUAUCAGUUUCUUCAAUGGCUUUGCUAUGGACAUUUUUCGAGCUGAGCAAUGCAAUGAAGGUCAGGAUCUCCACCCAGAUCAAAUCAAAGCAGCACUCAUUGAAGCAUCUGAAGCAUCCGGCUUCCAUAACAUCAUUUAGUGUGUGAUAUUGCUAGAAACUUCAUAAGUUUCUAUUAUUUAGUUCUCUUUUGGUCAAAGUGGGAGAAAUUUUACAUGGAUUUUACCGGAUAAACAGCACGAGCACACUGUUUAGCACCGAGUACAUGUACAUGCACAUUUUGAACUUGAAUCAAACUUAAUUUCAAUUCAUGGUCCCUAUGUAUAACGCUUUUAGCAUGCAAAUGCAGGAAAGAUUUAAGGGUUUCGCCAGCCAGAGUCCCCACCGGAGCCUACUUUUAGUAAUCAAAAUAAAUGACCAACCCUUAGGGCCAAAGCUUUAUAGACAUAAAGGACAGAACAUGGAAGAUGAUGAGGUCCACAACGUGCUACAAUAGCGUUUGUGUUUCUGGUUGAAAAGUUGUGUUUUUAUUUAAAUGAAAAACUAUAAUUGGACCUUCGACCUUGGUGCUUUCUAGGAAGGAAGCUUUAUCACGUAACAUCGGUAGAAACUAGAAACUAGAGAGGACCACAUUGCAAGUAGUAAUGCCACAUCAACAAUUACCCACGACACAUUACACUACUACAUAAUUUUCAAAUCCCCCAUCA